CGAACAUUAAAAAGAUAUGGUAACAUUUUUUGGCCCGUCACGAACAUUGCUGUCACGAAAACUAUCUGUCACUACGGUAAUUAAAACUUACAAUGUGAACAAAUUUCCCCUACGCGCUCCUACGCACUCAUUCCCAAAAUCACUCAUAUAUGAAUGGCCCCUAAGGUUCGAGCCAGUCGAGCCAAGCUGCCGAGGCGUGAGCGGCACUUGGCAAAUGGAGGAACAGGAGAAGCUGCAAAAGGAACUGAUCGACAUAUGGCACAGGCCGAUGGCCGACGCGCGCUAGGUCGACUUUGGCUCCGUCACUGCUGGCAAGGAGCUCGUACUGCCAGCCAUCCCUGAGACGUUCAAGGCUGACAACGUGAGGGAUGCAGAGGGGCUACUGGCAGUGCUGAGGCAGCGGCGCAUCAUGCCGGAGGGCAGCACAGCCCUCAUCAAAUCGCUCUCUGGCGGGCUGCUGCGGUGGCAGGACCUUGAGGAUGGUCCUGAGCUGCCUGCUGAAGGGCGUCUGGAGGUAGUGUUUAAGCUGGGCACUACAACAGCCAAGAUGGGGCCCGCGUCCCUUCCUCAACUUAGUCCACCCCCUCCACAUCAUUUUACGCCAUUGGCAAGCCCGCCAGCUUGCAAGCUGCGGCUCCGGCAAGACUCGCAGAACCAGGACCUGUUCUUCUUUGAGCCCAUGGACACCAUCAGCGCUGCAGCUGCCGCAAGUCCUGGCGUGAACAGCAGGUUCUUCGUGGACCCCGAGGGCAGGCAGACAGCUGAGCUGCAGGAUUGGCUGCGCAUCGCCGAGGACUUGCACCGUGAGGGCCAACCCAUCCUGCCGCUGUUCAUCAACGGUCAGGUCAAGAACGGCAAGUCCUACAUGCUCAACGAGGUCCUGCCUGCUGUGGCCAACACCUACUACUGCAGCGGCGGCAGCGGCCAGCAGCACGCCGGCGCGGUGCUUUCAGGGCCCAACUUCCUGCGCGUGAACUGCUUGAGCUGCAACCGCAGCAGUGGCAACGGUGGCUUUCUUGUGGACUUCCUCCUUAAACUCAAGCAGAGCGCCGCCGACCAGCAGCUCUCUGCUGCUGCCAGCACGCCCGUACCCAGCGACCGCUCCGCGGGCGCCAUGGUUGUCGCCAUUCAGGACUUCAUGCGGCGUCUGCCACGGGACCGUCUGAACUUCCUGCUUAUUGACGAGGCGGAGAGCUUUUACCUAGUGCAGCGGCCCUGGUCGGAUGACUGUCCGCCGCGCGGCCCAACCCUGGACGUGGACGCGGUGCUGCACAUGCGGUGUGCAGCAUCCUCAAGGAACUCCUGCUGGACAGCCCCCACUGGGUCGCCUGGGCUGUCACAGGCAGCUGCAUGGCGACGCUAUGGGCCAACAUUACUGCCACCCCGACCAACGGUUUCCCCCUGAUCAUGCACCACCGCCGACUCAACCUGAGCCCCACGGUGUCCAUGGGCGUGUUACAAGUCGCCUGGGAGCAGCUCAAGGCCCAGGCCGCGACCUGGGAUCCGGCACUGCCAAACGACCUGGUCUGGCGGUCGCCGCCGCAGAUCGCCACGCUUGCCUACUUGUGCCAGGAGUGGAGGUACAGCCGCACGGCUAGCACAGCUGCGGAGCUGGUCGAGCAAACCAUGACCUAAAAGCUCAUUCCCGAGGUGCUGGCGGACCUGCGCAUGGUGCUGCAAGUGCUGGGCCAGCCGGCUGCACAGUUGCUGCUUCUGCGCGAGCUGCUGGACCCGAUGGCUGGAGUGGAGCCCGCCAAGCUCCCGUUGGCGUUCAAGGUGCUGCUGGCCAGCUUCGCCACCGAGCGUGAGGGCAGGCUGUACCUGGACUACCCACAGCUCGCUCAGGUGCUCCAGGUACGUGCGUCAUGUACACCCAACACAUGCGCAUGUACACCCAGAAUACCUUCUGAGUAGCGCAUGCUCACCAACCAGGAGGCCCUGGAGGCUUGGUGUGCGAACACACAGAGGGCCAGUACAUGCAGACGUUGUGUUCAGGUGCACACCCGGGAAGUGGGCGUUUGAGGUGCGCACCUGCUGCUGGGUGUUCGUCGGUUUUCAAGGCAUGCGGGGUGCUGCGGCGACAUAUGAUCGGAAGGGUAUCUGGGACACAGGAGACAGGACCGUGCGACACUAGAGUACGCGAACGUGUACUGCCGCCCUACACAAAACAUACUCGCUACCUGUCGCCAGUAUUCCCUGCUCAGGCGUUCACCACGGAGUCCGGAGAGCUGUUGGACUCCAUCACCGCCGUCCAUUCGAUCAGCUCCAAGAUGUUCAGGGAGCUGGUUGUGCUCGGCGAGUGCUGCAAGGACUCCAAGCACUUCGACAGUUACGAGGACCUGCACAGCCUCCUGGAAGACAUGGCAUCUGCACUGGCGCUUACGCCGGACGGGCUGCUGAAGGCGGACUGGUUCAUCCAGGUCCUGGACCACCGCUGCAACAGCCGCGGCGGCAAGGCCAACUUCGAGCGGAACUACGGGGCACAAGCUGGGCAGGACGUCAAGGUUGGGCUUCGCUGGUUCCACGCGCUGCUGCGCAACGUCCUCAGCCACGGCUCCCUCUUGGAGCAGCGGCAGGCCAUGCAGGUCUACCCGUCAAAGCUGGCCGAGUUCCACAGCAGUGGUCGUAUCAGCGAGGUGGUGACCAAGACGUACGAAAGCCCAAUGCCCAGGCGCAGCAAUGCCCCGGGCGCAUCGCCCGCAGCAACGCCCCGGGCGCAGUUGCAGCCUCACGCGGGACCCGUGCGCCCCAUUUCGCUGCACUUGGGCAAGCGGCUGGGGCGUGCCGCCGUCGUCCAGCCGCGUUACAUGGGACGGAUGUGAGCGGUCCUUGCCACCUGUCAGGCCGACUGAAUGUGGGCCGGGCGGGACAGACCAUGCAUAAACCCCGCAUAAAUGGCGCAGUAGGUGAACACCGCGUGCUGUACAACGGCGGCUCACAAGGCGUCGGGCGGCCAGGCCCGUCGCCACACAGCAAGCAGGCCUGCGGCCGAGCCCACGGCCGCGGCCACCCACCCCGCUGGAGUGCUGGUGCGGGCGCCCUCAGCCCUGGCGGCGCCAGCGGUGCCAGUGGCGGCGGCUGUGGUGUUUGGGCAGCAGGUGCCGGGGGCGGCGUCAGCACCUGCAGACGCCGGUGCCGUUCCCUCUGCUGCUGCUGGUGCUGCGGCGGCUGCAGCCCGCGGCCUGCGGCGGCUGGGAGCCGGCGGCGUGGCAGUCGUUGAGGCGCUGUGCUGCGUGCCUGUGUUAGGGGGCUGCGGCAAAGGGGGCAGGGUCUGGUGGGUUGCCACCCCUGCCGCGUUGCUUUCUUCUGUUUUGGUGGGUGCUAGUUCCGCGCCCCAGGCUGGCCCACAUUGUUUGUGCUUGCGCCAGGGUUCCGGGCUUUUUUCCCUGGGCCGUUCGCCUGGGGCGCGUUUUUGUUGCGUGAACCCUGGCCGAGGCCGCGGGGGCGUGUUGUGUCGUGUGUGUUGUGCUGCGGCGCCGUUGCCUCUGUGUGUGGCCUCGUGCGUUGUUGAUGUGGUUGAUCCGGUUUCGGUGUUCGCUGCUAUUCUGUAACAGAGUACAAUAGGUUUCCGCGGAUGGCAGGAAUGUCAAUCUCUUCGGUUGUAACAGAGUACACAACUCAAGAGAUUGACAUUCCUGCCAUCCGCGGAAACCUAUUGCACUGUUACAUAUUCGCUGUGCUGCGCUCGCGCGCGUUUCUCUUCGUGGCGGUGGCUAUGUCGUGGUGCGCGUGGGCCGCGCCGCAGGCUCGCUUGCGGUUUUGAGAAGUCGCAAAAAGACUAUUUCCUCGAGCAGGCCUCCAAGAAGAAGCAGGAAAUGGAGGCGCUUGUUGCGGGUGUGAUGCGCAAGAAGGCGACCGCGCUGGAGGCCUGUUACGAAUGCGUUUAUCAUCCAGUUGUUUAGGUGGAGUAAAGAUACCCCGGUGUGAACGUGUAGCGUAUUUGAGAACCAGAUUGACCAAGGGUUCAUGCAGAACUCCGGGUAACGGAGAGGCGAGGGACUGAGGGGAGAACCCUGCCAUAGAGAUCGUAUUGUAUGCACGUUUGCACGUUACAAGGCCGCGCACACCAGCGUGGCGGUGUGGCAGGGGGGCGCGCGUGGGCGGAGCUGGAGGAGAGCGCGGAGAAGAGGCGCCGUGUCACCGCCACGACGCAGCUGCCUCCAGUUGACCUCUCCAGCCAGCCCCUGCUGUCGCUGAGCGACCCCCUUGGACGACCUGCCGCCGCUGCCAUCCCCUGCGGACGGCGCAGAGGGUCUGGGAGAGGACAAUGGGCAUGUGGAGCUGCCGCCGCCGCCGUGCUGGCGCUUCCCGCCCCUCUGGUGCAGGCACAGCAGCAGCCAUCCAUGCCGCAGCCGCACGCGGCGGCGGCGCCCAUUCCGGAGCGGAGCAGCCUGGCGGCGGCGGCGGUCGCGGCGGGCAUGGCGGCGGCACAGGGGCGCGUGCGGCAAGUCAUCUCACGCGUCGACGCGGGGCUGAAGCUGGUGCUGACGGUGAGGGCAGGGAGGGUGUUGAGCCGCGUGUGGGCUCUGAGCCGCCCGCUGGCGGCGCGGGCCGCAGCGCUGAGCCCAUGAGCAUGUCGCAGUAGUCUGCUGCUGUCUCUGUAACGGAAUGCCACCGAG